AUUGGCGGUUUUCGAAAUCGCCUCAUCCCUCUUAUUUACCCCCAUUUCAGCCGAUUUAUUUAAAAAAAAUGUCUUUUCCAAGAUCUAAACGUUUUGAAGAAGUUAAAGCUGUCGCUCCACCACCUGGUGCCUAUGAUCCCAAGAUUAAGGAAAAUGUUCCCACGGCAAAAAUUUCUCUUUCCAAUUCUGCCCGAUUCAGGGAAACAAAGGAAAUGUGUCCUCCCCCUGGUGCCUAUGAUCCCAAAACAAAUGAAAAGGUAUCCACAUUCUCCAUCGCAAAAUCUGCCACCAGAUCAGCCAAAGAUAAGCAAGAUCCUAAUCACAAUGCGACCUUCUCCCAUCCGCCAACCAAAAAGCUUUUUGGCGUUCCAUCCACAGCUCCAUCAUCGGCCAAGAAGACUCCAGCCCCAGCCAAUGAAGACACUGAGAAAAUAAAACAGCUAUUGAGAGAAUUAGGGAUGCAUGAAUCACAACUCAAAGAUGCAAGGGACAAAGUCACUCAACUUCAGGCGCAGCUUGCUCAGUUGAAGGAUGCCGAGGGACUGAUUGCAGCACUGCAGAAAGAAAUCCAAGACAAGAAUGAAGCGUUGUCAGCAACGGAACAGACCAUUGCUGAGCUCAAGUCAGACAUCUCAGAGAAGUCUGGUAUCAUCCGGGAUGUCGAGACAAAGACGUCAGGGCUACAGAUUGAAGUGAAUUGGAAGACGGAUCAGAUUCAAGACCUUGAACGUAAAGUCGCACACAUUACAAAAGAGGUCGAGUUGAGUACGAAUGUGUUGAAGAAGCAGGAAGAGAGGGUGACGGCUUUGCAGAAAGAACGCGAUGCACAAAUGGAGAAUGUGAAAGAACAGGAGGUUGUACUGUCAAAUCUUCGCAUAGAGAAUCAGUGGAAAACGAGUCAACUUGCAGAGUAUACAGAAAAGAUGGAGAGUUUGGAAAGAGAGGUGGAGCAGAAGACGAAGGAGAUGAAAGAGCAAGGAGAGAGUCUUGAGGCAGCAUCUGAAGAGCUGGAACAGAAGAAUGUAGCAGUGCGUGAUUUCGAGACAAAGUUCGCCACCCAUGAAUUAGAACUGAAGGAAAAAGUUGAUAAACUCAACAAAUGGGAAGAGAAGUUAUUCACAAUGGAGAACGAAUUGGACUGGCGGCGCACUCAAGUUAACGAUUAUGAAUCCCAGGUGGCGUCACUUGAGAAGGAGGUCGAAGCGAGUAGUGAGCAGGUUGUUGUGUUAGAAGAGAGGAUAGCGUCUAUCGAGGGAGAGCUGGCGCUGAAGAAUGACUUGUUGGAUGAAUGCACAACAGAGGUGCAAUCAUUGAAAGACAGUGUCAGGUCCCUUGAGUGUGAAGUGACAUCAUUGAAUGACCAGGUCCAUAGCGAGAGUAGUCAAUGUUUCCAACUCGAACAAGAGGUUGUAUCAUUACAAUAUGAGAGAGAUCAACUCGGCAAAUCUGAAACUAUCCUCAAUAGUAAUGUGAAGUCUAUGUUGGACAGGUAUCAACACUUGGAAAGGCAACUUGAAUUGGUUAAGAAGGAUGGCGAAGAAAAAGCUGUAAAACUCGAGACUGAAUUGGUUGCAAGACGGAAGAGCUUGGACGGUGCCCGGAGUGAAUUGGCUACGGCAGAGUCGGCUGAAAAGGAGAUCAUGCGCAGUAUAGAUAUCUAUAUGGAAGAGAAGAAAAUCUUACUGAGAGAGAAGGAGAUUCUUGAGAAGAAACUUGAAGCGUUGGAAGGAACUGAUGAACGUCUCGUGGAGUGUCAGGAUCAGUUGGACAACGCUGUCACAGAGAACCAUGAGUUGUUAGCAAAAACUGAUGAACUGGAACAAACCGUCAGAGAAAUCCGUUAUAAAUUCGCAGAUGAGAAUGAACAACUUCACGACGAUGUCACACAAUUGACAAAGUCUUGUCAGGGUCUGGAGGAACUCUCAAACCGAUUGCAAGUCGAUCUGGUCACGGCACAGGUCGAACGGGACACUGUGAGGGUUAAGUACGAGCAGGAAAUUCUCGAGUUGCGGAAUUCAAAAACGGAAUACGGCGGUAAAGUUGAGAAGUUGGAGAAGAAGAUGGCAGGCUUAGAGGACGAGAAGGCUGAUUUGGUUGAGCGCGGAAUCGAUGUGGACAGGGUCCAGGAUGAAAAGAAAGCCAUGAAAGCGGGGUACGAGAGGGAGAUCGCAGAUAUGAAGGAGGUGGUGGACUUUCACAAGGCGGAGGCCAACAGACUCAUACAGCAAAAGGACGAGCUGGAAUCCCGCCUACAGGAGCAACUGGAUGACCAGCGGUUAGAGUUCAAUCGGAAACUGAGGGAAAAUCAGCAAAAAUUAUUCCACGUGGAAGAAACCUUUCUUAGGUUCAAGUGUGAGAGUGAGAAAGCCCUGUUGGAGAGAGAGCAGCGCUUAACGAACCAGGAGGAGCGUUAUGACCAGAUCGUGGCAUCUCUGGAGGAACAGAUCAACUCGCAGCAGCAUGAGGAGUUGAUGGAAGAGGCCAAGCACUGGCAGACGCUCUAUGAGGAGCUGCAGGCUAAGGUGCAGCCAUUUCAGGAACAACUGGAUGCUUUUGAGCUUGAGCGCAAUGCCCUGCUUGGCCGCACCAAAGACGCCCAGUCAGAAAUCGACAAACUUAGUAAAGACUACGCCAAGGCGCUCGGUCACCAGAAUCAUAAACAGAAAAUACAUCACAUUCUCAAGUUGAAAGAAGACAAUAAUCUGUUGAAACAUGAAGUUGCUGAUCUGAAAUCGCAGAACAUGAAAUUGAAGCAUCAGAAUCAAAAGUUGGACGAGCGUGUGGCUGGACCAGAAGGACGACGACGAUUCGACCCCAAGAAAGCGUUCAGCCAUAACAAUAUCAACAAAGAGAAUCCAAUGACUCCUAAUAAGUCCAGGAGCAAUCCGGGAACACCUAAAUCCAUGAGGAAAGAGGGCGGGAGUCUGCCAACCACACCCCAGCGACCGUUUAUGAAUGGAAAUCGUAUUUGAGAAUACUGCAGUAGUGCCUCAACUUGGUGAGGAUAAAGGAAACCAAAGUCGGAUUCUGCGAUCUCAUAACCCCAAGUUACACGUAACACUUGAACGGUGACAAUGUGACUCGUAUGUGAACCAAGCCUUAUGUGCUUUGGACUUUUGUACCAGCAGCAGCUUUCAAUGUCAUGCAGGUGUUGUGUUGGAACAUUAUUGCAAGGUGGAUUUGAAUCUGUAAAUGAAUCGUCAGUAAUCCUGCCAUGAGACUUCAAUGCAUAUCAUGUUCUCAGCGCUGAGCUGAAAAUGUACUUCUUAACGAAACAGGCCAGAAAAUUGUCAAUUACAGGGGAAUUUCACUAAAUUGGGGUAACAUUGAACAUUGAUAAUUGCUCCUGUUAUGAGCUCCACUACAGUUGUUACCUCCCAUAGCUUUGUUGCUUUCCUAUGCGUUUGCCAAACCAAUAACUUUAGAUAUAAAAUGAUCAGGUGUGGAUGUAGUGGAAACAAGCUACAUGUAUAAGAAGUGGUGAUCUUGAAAGAGAAGUGACUUUUGGGAUUGCUGUGCCUGUCUUUGUAUAAAGUAGCAGUAGCUUGCUUAUUGAUGCUACAGGUGGAUUUUAAACAAUUGUUUUGUUUUAUGUAUAUUUAUUAUCUAUUUACGUACAUGUACUUGUACAUUGUGCCGUAUGCUUUUGUGUGUUCUGAUAAUGUGUUCCAUGUGUUGUGUGUGAUUUGGUUACAUGUACCUGCCAGAGAAGAAGUUUUUGUUUAUUGUCAUGUUGGUUUCAUACUGAAUGAUAAUUAUGACACAAAGUUCAAACUAGCAUGUAGUUAACUUCAUAAGAUUAAGAAGCUGUUAUGCAUAAUUUGACAAAUGUUCUUAUUAAAUCUCCUCUCUUUAAAAUAUGUGUUCAGUUGAUAAUCGGCAUUGUCUCUCUGUUAAGUAAAGCAUCUGUCCAGGCGCACUAUCUGUCUUUGUCUACAUGUAUAGAUAAAAAUAUUUUGUUCACAAAAUACCCGAUGAAUUCCUCCAGGCAGCGGCUGGUCUGACCAGACAUGCUCAAUUCUUUUGUACUCUCUGUGUCUCAACUGCCACUGUUGGCUUGUACAUAUUCAUGAAUUCCUCCUAAGGUCAUGUUUUGCCUUCAAAUGAAUAACCGGUAAUUGCUUGUUUAAAUUCGAAUGAGUUUCCACUUCGGUGAAACGUGGCAUUAGGAGUGAAAUCCAUAAACUUG